UCCAUUUCUUUUUCUACCAAAAAAAAUAUUCAAUUGUAGAAAGAGCCAUGCGUUUCUUGGGAACUCUUUUGACUGGUCUUGCUGCCACAGCAAGCAUUGCACAGGCAGCCCGUGUUGUCUACGACUGGGAAGUCACUUACACAACAGCCAACCCUGAUGGUCUCUUUGAGCGUCAAGUUGUUGGUGUCAAUGGUGCCUGGCCUCCACCAGCUAUCCAUGUGUCUUUGAACGACACCUUGGUUAUCAAUGUUAAGAACAGCUUGGAUAUCCCCACUGCUCUCCAUUCUCACGGAAUGUUCCAAAACAACACCGUUUGGAUGGACGGACCGGUUGGCGUUACCCAAUGUUCUAUUCCAGCUGGUCACAGUUUGACUUAUGAGUUCAAUAUCACCCAAACUGGUUCUUUUUGGAUUCACAGUCAUUAUAUGGGUCAAUAUGCUGAUGGUCUCCGUGCUCCUCUUAUUCUCCACAACCCUGAAGAGCCUUACAAAUAUGAUGAAGAUUUGGUUGUUCCUGUUUCUGACUGGUAUCAUGACAACAGCGCCAACAACUUGGCUAUCUUCAUGAACGUUAACAACCCCACCGGUGCCGAACCCGUCCCUGAAUCUGGCUUGAUUAUGGACACCAUUAACCCCAACAUCACCUUCGUUCCUGGAAAGACCUACCGUCUCCGUCUCAUCAACAUGUCUGCCUUCUCCACUUUCUUCAUCAGCAUCGAUGGUCACGAUUUGGAUAUUAUUGAAGUCGAUGGUAUCUACACUGAGCGCAAGACCGUUGAUAGCAUUUACUUGACUGCUGCUCAGCGUAUCUCUGUCCUCGUCACUGCCAAGAACUCUACUGAACUCAACUACCUCUUCCACGCCGACAUGGACAUUGACAUGUUCGAUAUCCUCCCCGAAGAUUUGGUCACCAACAUCACUGCCAACAUUAUGUACGAUGCCAGUCACUCCAACUUUGCCGAGAGCCAGGAUCUUGGUAUGGGUAGUGAGUUCGAUGACAUUGAUCUUCCUCCUCUCUACCCCGCCAGCGCUGUUGAGCCCGACCAGCAGGUUAACUUGACCUUCAACUUUGAUGUCACCACUGACGGUAUCAACCGUGGUAUGUUCAACGAGCUCCCUUACUUGACCCCCAAGGUCCCUACCCUCAACACUGUCUUGUCCAUGGGCGAGCUUGCCACCGACUUGACUGUCUACGGUCCCCAGUCCCAGGCCAUCAUCCUUGACCAUCUUAACAUGGUCGAGAUUGUUCUUAACAACCUUGAUGCUGGUAACCAUCCUUUCCAUUUGCACGGUCACGUCUUCCAGGUCGUUGCCCGUGGUGAUGGUGUCUUUAUGGGCGACCGCUCUACUGUCGAAUGGAAUAACGAGAACCCCACCACCCGUGAUACCGUGCUUGUUCCUGCCGAGAGCUUCACCAUCAUUCGUUUCCGUGCUGAUAACCCCGGUGUAUGGAUUUUCCAUUGUCACAUUGAAUGGCAUUUGGAAACUGGUCUUGCUGUCACCUUUAUCGAGGCUCCUACUGUUAUGCAGGAGCGCAUGACUCUUCCUGAAGCCUUCCACGAAGUCUGCACAGCCGGUGGUAACCCCUCUACUGGUAACGCUGCCGGAAAGGAAGGUCUUGAUCUCAAGGGUGCCCCUGGAGGAAUCACCUUGAUCCCCGAUGCCUUCACUGCCAAGGGUAAGGGUGCCAUGGCCGCAUGUAUCAUCUCUGCCUUGAUUGGUAUGGGUGCCAUUGUCUUGUACGCUUCCAUUGACCCCGAGAAGAAGGCCAAGGAUAUGAUUGCUGCCCAAAAGUAAAUUAUAUAUAAUUAUUUAUAUAUAUAUCAUUUAUACAAGUGGUGGAAUUUUUUCUUCUUCUAUCUCACAAAGAAAAAACAAACUUCUUUAAAAUCUACCUUUUAUCUAUCUAUCUAUCUACCCUACCUUACCUUAACCUUACCUUAACCUACCUUUAUCUAUUUAUAUUCUUUAUUAUUAUUACUCUUAAAAAACAGCCUUGUAUGUUGGCUUAACAAACAGCAAAAAUCUCUUUACUUGUAUACUUUUACUUUACUAUCAAGUUAUAUUUCCUUCCAUUAACCUCCAAUUCUUUUUAUUAUUAUUAUUACUUAAUCAUUUCUAUUAUUUUUUUUAUUUAAAAAGAAUAACACAAGAAAAAAAAGAAAGAAUAAGAAAGGGAAAAGAAGUAUUUAAAUAUAAUAUAUAUAUAUGUGUGUGUGAACAAAGGC